UAGUGUAUUCCGCGCUUCGAAAGGUUUGUCCUAUUUUAUUUUAGUCCCCCCUUCUAAGAAUGUGCAGUAUUGUGGAGGACGAUUUUGGUGACGAUGGAGGAGCGCAUGGUAUGAAGGAAGACACACCACAACCGGAGCUAGCGGCAAACGAGCUGUGUCGAAAGUGUAACACCGAGAUGGCCGUACUGAAGCUUAACCUAAAGGAGCCGCAGUGUAGGGGUUGCUUUCUGAAUUACGUUCGGCACAAGUUCCGUGCAUCGCUGGGAUCAACGAAAAUUGUACGCCUAGGGUCACGAGUGCUAGUUAUCUUUACCGGCGCAGCGGAAAAUGUUACCCUGCUUGAUAUGAUUCGUUUCGGGUUGGAACAGGAUUCGUUCAAGCAGCUACGAAUAGUACCCAUCUUGCUGUACGUCGACGAUGACUUUGUAGAAAAAACAGAUGAACUAAGAAUUCAUCAGCUUACAAAACGGAUAAAUGUUCUGAAACAGUUUAGCAGCUUUCCAUCGUACUAUACCGUGUGCGGAUCUUCAAAGUAUGCUGAAAUAACUUUCGACGAUUUAUUUUCUCCUUCCGGGUUCGAGCAAGAUGAAACGCGACUAUUGCAAGUACUGGAAGCGCUCCGAUCGGUAUCUUCCAAACAGGAUCUCCUGGAACAAGUGCACAAGCAAACGUAUCGUACAAUCGCCAAAGCACUCAACUGUAAUUACGUGUUCCUCUCGGACAUCGGGAUCGAUCUGGCAAAAACGCUGCUGUCCAACGUGGCCCUGGGACGCGGUUGUUCUCUUGCGCAGGAUGUUGCAUUCUGCGACGAUCGUGACGAUGCGACGAAACUGAUACGACCAAUACGAGAUCUGAACCCGGAUGAGGUUAGCAAUUAUUUGCAGUUCGCAGAGCCACAACUGCUCUAUCUUUCGCACGUGAAACACUUCGAGGAUAAACCAAGUUUGCAGAAUUUGACUUCAAAAUUCAUCGACAAUCUUCAGCAAAGCUUUCCUUCGACGGUGUCUACCGUUUUUCGUACCGGCGACAAACUUGAUGUACUGAAAUCAACCCAGGGAGAAUGUUGUCGGUUUUGUGGCGCUGUUCUGGAUUAUAAAGGAUCGAAAACGCUUUUCGCUACCGAAUACUCGAGGCUUGUGUCCUUAAGAAUAAAUGCCGCCUGUAACCAUGAGGAUAUUUUGCAAAAAUCAAAACAAAUGGAGCUAGACGCCGAACGUGCUGUGAAUGGGGAGGAAAAUGAAGAACAACAUUCUGUACUAUUGCAGCACCUGUGUCAUGGUUGUAGGAACAUAUUUGAAGAUAUAAAUGAAUAACCGAGAUAAGCGAUUGAAGAUGUAUUACUAUUUGCUUUUAAAAAACCCAAUUUACUAUUGUGCACAGAAACAUUGUGAGGUACGUUACUACAUUGUUCGUAGUAGAACAAGCAAACGAUAGAUAUACGGCCUGGCCGUUCUUCCGUUAAAUAAAAAAAAAAAAACAACAAGCAAACGAAAUUUUAAAUAAAUUAAAUAAAUAUGGUUCAAAUUUCCAUAAAGUUACUGUUCGGUUUUGAAUCAAUUG